GCCAUCUUUCAAUUUAAUUUUAUAACUUAAUUCAUACAGAAUAUUGCAUGAAAAUGUAAAUUUAAAAAGACAUACAUAAGAAUACAUAUGUUUUACAACACCCACGGGCAGAAAUUAAGAAAAAAAAGUGCCUAUUCUAAGCUACGCUCCAAAAACCCGCCUUUUCCCAGAGAACGCGUCAUAUGACGUAACGACAGGCAAACAUAGGCGCUGCAGCCCUGGUUCUCAGUGUGGGUUUAUGUAGUCUGAGAGGUGGAAACAGAAAAUAGAGAUUGUCGUUCUCGUUAUUAUAGUUAUAGUAGGUUUGAGUUGUCACAAUGGUGAAUUCUUGUGUUUGUUUUGGAUGCAACAACUCCAACUUGUCUGGCCAUCGGGUCCACCGAUUUCCAAACAAGAAACACAAAGAUUUCCGUGCUUGGAUACGUUUCGUCCAGGCAAAGAGAAGCAAUUUCGCUGCCUCCUCGUAGACAAGACACACGGUGUUAUGUGAAAAACACUUCACACCGGACAGCUACAACCAAGGACAUCUUAUGGGAUUUCGACGAAAAGAGUGGGUUAGGCUGGCAAAUGGAGCUGUGCCAUCGGUGCAUGCAGGUCCACCUGCAAAAUCUGGCGGGAGUGAAGAGUCUAACGUUAAUGUUAGCACUAGGAGAGAAUCUGCGCGUCGAAAAAGGGAGCUUUGCACAAUUUUGGGAGAGAGUGCUGCCAGCAAAGACGGGGGCGGUGCAACUGCCACUUCAGAUCCUGAAGAUGAUGGAGAUGGAGACAUCUCUACAAUGGACCCUGAGCCAGAAGUGGUCCAUCGUGGAUCACAGUGCAACAUAAGAUGUUUACAUCGUUCAUUAGGUGUUCAGGUAAAGCCUCAGAUGGUGGAUGUGGGGACUCAAACCGAAAGAUCAACUCCACUGGCCAGUCCUGAACAAAGUGAUGAUGAAUGGUCAUUUUCUGAUAUCAUCAACCAUUCUGGUGAUAUGUCAUGGAGUCCAGGGGAGGAGAUGUUGAGCGAGUCCUCUGAGGAGGAACCAGAAGAGCUGGAAUCUCUCACUGACCCAAAUGCUGUUGACAAGUUCAUUGUUUGCCAGAGGCAGUUGCUGUCCUUGUUCACGGUUUGCUCUGCAUGCUGCGGGGAAACCCAGGGACACAUAAUGCACCCGGAAGGAACUUUCAUAAAAGUCAAGCAGGCCUGCGGAACUUGUGGUUAUGAGCGUUACUGGCAAAACCAAGAGAAGGUGCAUCGAAACAUGACUGCCUGCAACCUUUUACUCAGCGGUGCCAUCCACUUCUCAGGUUGCAUGGCUUCUCAGACAAUCAGGAUGCUGAAGCUGUUUGGACUGCAGUGCAUAAGUCCUGACUUCUCUUGGCAGCCCUACAUUUCAAUAGUAAUGGCAACAGAGAUGUAGCGCGAACUAGUGAGGGUGAGGGACGCUACACUGUUCGCUACCCACGGUUUCGGAAAGGUGGCUGGGUAGUCCACCCCAUCAAGGAGAAACCAUCUUACGUAUACGCAACAAAUCUUAUGGUCUCUCUGGUAGAGGAAUACUGCAAGACACCGCAGGCCCUCUGCUGCACCGCCCCCCUCACCUCUUCCGUCCAGAAGGUUGCCAAGGAUGAGGCAGUCAGCCUCCAUCUCGCACGACACUCACGUUUUAACAUGUAAUAAAAGAUCAAUUUUACCAGUAG